UACACACGACUGUCACCUCACUCAUUGAACUACGGGGAUUGUACGGUUAUUCUAGUCAAUCAUAGGCCUGACUGCUUGAGCUCUAGCUUCACAGAUAAUACUUUUCUGUGGAGAGAGCUGGAGAGAGACCUAUUGCCAUGACCGAUGCGAUGUCUGACCCGGAUCCUAACAUACGGCGGCCGUCAGGCUCGAGUGGCGCAGGUGCUGAGCCUGCCCACUGGACUGACGAAGAUGUGACAAUGAAUGAAGCUAUAGCGGGAACUGGUGUAUUGGAUAAUCAGUCAAACAUCACUCUCCUGGAAAUCCCGUUGGAUAUAAUUUUUGAGAUCCUCGGACAAUUGGAACCACUCGACCUUGCGAACCUCGCGCAGACCAACAGAACGUUUCGCACACUACUCCUUGAGUCUUCCCAAGGUGCUCGAAUCUGGAAGACGGUCAGGAAGACUGCUGGAGAGACUCCUGACGGGCCCCAAUGCGUGCCCUAUAUUGCUUGGGUCAGAAUGUUGUAUAGUGCGAUAUGUUCAGGAUGCGGCGAUGACGGGCCCCACAUCGACUACGCUCUGAUGCGCAGGAUGUGCUCCGAAUGUGACUCAACUAUGCUCUAUGAUCACGGAACCCUGAUCCAAGAUUCGAAGCACCCAGACGUCUCCGCCAUAAUCUUGCAACUCAUCCCCCACACGACGAGGAAAGGACCAUAUGAUGCUACCGGGAAACGGUACUGGAAGACAGAUAUCACCACCAUGACCGAUACAUACGUUGGAUACUUGAAGGACGUCCAAGCCGGGAAGCCUGGGGCGUCAGAAGCUCUCGAAAGGUUCACGAAUGAACGUGUCAAAUACGUACAAACGAUCAUAGAACACGAAGCGAAGUGUGAUGAGUGGCAGCGCACCCGCAAGGAGGAGGAGAAGAAGCUCAAAGAGACUCAGUGCAAGCGCUUGACAGAGUUAUUCAGAGGUCUAGGCCAUGCAGACGAAGACAUACAAGUCACCGAGUUGUGUAUAUGGGAAUUCGAAAUCGAAGGCGAGAUUGACGAAAAAGUGUGGCAGCGCGUUAGACUGAACCGCGAACCAGACGUAAUAGCCCGGCGCCUCAAGCGCUUCGAGACACAAUAUUCGGACACUGUCAAGGUUCGCAAAAGUUUGGUGAAGAACAUAUAUCAUGACUACGCGCAGACACUACGCCCUAGCGACCGACUCCGCCUCCCGCCAGUCGACAUGGUCUACAUGACUCCCUCCUUUCGAUUCAAUAUCUACGAGAAUCCCGAUGCCUCGCUUCAGGCCGUCAAGGAGCAGUGCGACGAAGCGGCGCGGCAGCUGCCAGAGAUCGUCUCAACGUAUCAUGCCAGUAUCAAGGCUGCCUUGCUAGUCGCCAUAAAAUCCGCGGCGCAUGAUAGGAAGCCAGACUGGAAGGAGUUAGGCCUUGACCACCGCCUCGGAUUGGCCACCUCCGCGUUCGAAUCCGAGCUUGUAGACGAACUCACACCCUUGUGCUCCAUAGACGGCGUCCUCGCGUACUUCGCAACGGAGGAACUAGCGACAGAGAGAGGGAGAUAUUGGUUGCGACUACUGGCCAUCAAUGACGGCGCCGAGAUAGAGCUGUUCGAAUGGGAUUGGGUGGCGUACAAGAUCCUCACAGUGCUGGCGCUCGCACUGGGCCUUGAUCCAGUAAAGGCAACACCUCGAGACUUCGACGAACGCGCUAGCCUUAUGUUCUGUGGAGCAGGCGGCUGCUCCGAACGUGAUGAUGAGGAUGAUGAGGAAUAUUUCGAGUUCCAUAAUUGGCGCACGAUCAUCCAGCACUGCUGGUUGCAGCAUACACUGGUUUCCGACCCUUACUGUCAGCCGCUUAUCGGACUACUCAACGAGAAGGACUCUCAGGUAUUGCGAGAGGGUCCGGGCUGCGUUCACCCAGAGUCACACACUCAUUGGACCUGCAAUCACUGUUCCGUCUACUACAACGAUAUGAACUGGCAGACCUGGGAUACUGUCGUGAAUCAUCUCCGCACAAUUCACGCCAUCCCUGACCCGAAAGAACAUGUCGACUUCUUCUACGUCAGUCAUGCCAAAUCGUUCGAACCUUUCGACGCAUCGAUUCCGGAUUCAGACUUCAAAUACCUCGACAUUGGUGACAUGUCAGGCUGAAGGUGCCCGUCGGUACCUGUGACUUUGCCAGUCGAGUGCUUGCAUACGUGUCAUUGCAACGCUUUCCGACGACCUUGGAAUGAAAUAUGUAGGCUACGUAUGCUGA